AUGAUAGGUAUUGAGCCUAUUCCCUCGUUUCGGUAUGCUCCGACCCAGAAAGCAGAUGGGGAUAAGAGUGAUUCCGACGACGAACUCAAUGCAGGCCAAACUUUCCGGCUACAUCCUGAUGCGAUUUCUUACGCGCCACAAUCACUGCAAACUUUGUGCAAGCACAUUCGCUCCCCUUCCGCACACAAAUCUGCUCUUCUAUGGGCAAAAUUAUUCGUCUUGCUAGACAGCGCGGAUCAAGACCCUCACUUUACCCAUUUACGCGAGUUUUUUAACGCACGGAAGGGCGAGGAAACGAAACGGGGCGACCCCCCUGCGUCACCCCAGUCCACAACCACACACGAAACGGACACUCGCUCAGAAUUAUAUUGCCAGAGUUCAUUCCGCUCCGUGCACCUGCCGAAACGAUUUCAAUGGACGCGGCGCCCCUCGUUGCCAGCCGCGAUACAAGCACUGCGCGACCGUAGCUCGGGAUCCAAGGAUGAUGAGGCGCCCCCCGUGCCAAGCAUUCCGCGUAUAUUCCGGGGUGCCAGCAGGUCUUCGCGCCGCGGGCGGAGUGCAGUGGACGAAGUGCCCGAAACAGACAUGCACGAACUGUGGGUAUCCCCCGCCGAGAACGAGGCGCGGUGCAUCCAUUUUUCUGUGCGUCUAGACUUGCACAAUGCGGGACUUGCGCCUGCUGUAAAGACGGUUUCCAAGCACCAUGGAGGAAAAGGCGAGCGAAACGCCAAGCUGGGCUCUAUUCAAAAUCUCGAGAUCGGCACGCCCCCCCAUGAUGCCUUUAUACACCGUCCAUCUGUAUCUACAAGUGGAGAGGAGCGAAGUUUGUACCGCUCGCAAAGUCGAUCCAUUAUGCAGCGUUUCCUUCGCCGACGAGACUCUACGGACGAAGUAGAGAGCGCAUGGCAGCCUCAAGAGUAUGUAUAUGACCCCCAAAACGAUGCCGCAAUUGACUCGGAUGACGAGUAUGACCAUCGCCACUCUGACCCCCAUUCGGAAUCCAUCCGCAAUAGAGACAGGCGGCGUUUCCGUAACGAAUCGAUGGGAAGCAUUGCUGCCCGGUCGCAACUGCAAGACCUUGCGCGUGUCGAUGAGGAUAUGCUCUGUGCGUCGACUGAGUUUGUAUCUUUGGGGAUGCAAAGCUCACAUGUCGACCAAGGCUGGCCCUACUCUAUCCAGGAAGGCGAAGAUUUUCUUUCUCUCUUCCGCGAGGCUGCCGACAGUAUUUUAUUGGGACAGUUUGUGAACGAAGCGGAGCAUACAGGAGAAGCCGACCCUCUCCCUGCUACAAUCCUGUACGCAAUGUCUGUCGCAUUCGGGUGGGAGGGUAUGAUGCACUUGUGCUACGGUCCCGAUAGUCUCGCCGCACGGGAACAGUCCUUUGCCGCGCUGGGCCGCGCAGCAGACAUCCAUUCGACGAUGCAGCGGAAAUACGAUGCGGUCUUAUCGUGGCGAAGCACAAUCGCGCCCUACGACAAUGAAACGAACGAUGCUCCGAGCGAUACCUUACCCCAUUCCCACGACUCGUUCCAUUUCCCCGCGGACCUGGACGAAACGAAUUCCAACGAUCCACGCAGUUCUGUCCUGGAUGGCGGGGCGUCCAGUGUAGGAAAUGCAGCCGACCCGGAGAAUGUGCGUAUUGCGCGGCAUAUCUUGGAUCGAACAUGGCAUGACUGGCAGCUUUUGUUCGAGAGUAUUCUGGGCUGGACGUCUGAGUACGAAGGCACGCGGAUCCGCAACGGCCUUGCUCCCGAGUUUGGUUUCCAAGAGGCGAACACCAUAAAACCCAUCGCGCCGCCUGGCCGGGCGAGGCAUGACAGCCGCUUUCUUCCAUCUGCAUGCGUGGAGGCAGAUGCUCUGCAUAGCACGCAUGGGUUCCGACGCAUGGCAGGGAUCCCCGCGGCGUUGCGCCUUGGGCCGACCAACGAAGAGCAUUACGAUUAUCGCUGGUCGCGCAUCAAGCUUGUCUCCGCACAAGUGGAGACGCCAUUGCUCCAAAGCAGUGCCUCGUUACAGUUCUUCACGCACCAGCUCAGUGCCGCGCAUUGGAUCACGGAGAAUGCAUGGGAAUUGCAGUAUUUGAACCAAUGCAUUUUCCAAUCGACCAUGAUUGAAGAGCGGUUCCCGCCGCCGAGCAGUGCCGUCGUGCGGUCUUUGAAUGUGUACAAGCCGCAGCCCGGCAAGCCCGAUUUGAGCAUUUCCUGCCCGUAUCCAAACACGCACGGCGCAUGGAAUGCAACGGAAUGGAAGCAGUGGCUCGGCUUGCUGCGCGAGGGCCACGUCAUUACGCCUGCGAUUGCAUGGCAAGCAUGGUGGACUCUGAUUGUGAUUCUAAACGGUGGCGAUAGGUCGGGCAAAAACUAUGACCUCCAGGUAAAAGGGCCCCACGAGCACUUUGAAAACCUGGACGCAUCCUGUGUGUAUAUAUAA